UAUCAGCGUUUUUCCCAUCUGAAAGGGAAUUUGUUCAAAUUUCUGACUGUGCAAAAGAUGUAAGCGGGCAUCUUAGGUCUUUAAAACUUGGACAGGACAGCAUUCCAUCUGAGGGACAUUUACUUCUGCUCAGAAUUGGAUUAUUUUCGCCUGUUCUGAAUAAUUUUAAUAUAUGCCCUAAUCAUCGUGCAAAACUCGGUGUAAAAUGGAAAAGACACAGUGUGAAGUGUUCAUAUCCAGACCAUUCUCACAAUGGAAAGAUGGAACGGCCAGUGACACCACAAAUGUCUAGAUUCAUCCUUGAGCACAAAGGAGAGUUAGUGCCUGUUGGAUCAGGCAUUUGUCGGAGAUGUAGAUUUGAAUUGUACAAGGAGAUGGAAAAUUCGAACAAGAUUGAGAAUGAAUUACCACCAAAGUGUACACAUCCAGAUGUAUUGACACCAAUAAAGAUUGAGGACACUAAGGAAGUUAAUGUAGAUAUGGAAGAAAAAGAUGAAAUUUGGAAAACUGAUGAUCACCUGGAGAUAUUUUCUGAUGAAGAUUCAGUGGGUCUUCUUGGUUCUCAACCAUCAUCACAAUCCUCAUCUUGGAGUGAAGAAAAUAACAACACUCUAGAUAUUUUCAAUAAGGCUGUAACUUUGCUUGGACAUGGGAAGAUGAGCCCACUUAAAUUCAAAGUACAUCAGAGGCUGGACAGUCUUAAGCCCUCCACUACAAGAUUGCUUAAGAGAAAAGCCACAGAAGCAGUCAAUUUAGUUCUUGAGAGUAUAGCUCCAGGACAGGGAAAUGAAUUGUUAAAGCUCAUUCACGAGCCAGAGCAGCAGCAAGAAACAAGCUCUAGCAAACUUGAUCAACUUGUUGUUAAACUGUACUGUGAAAGCACAGACAAGGCUGUUAAGAAACGACUGUUGUCCAUGAUUGCUUGCUCUCAUACAAAAAAACAGCUUCAGCAGAUCAUUCCCUCAGUCACCAUGCAUGCUAUAAAUGAGGCAAGGAAACAUGCUGUUGAACAUUCUGAAGGUGCUGAGGUUCCUAAACAGAAACCAGUAUUUCAUAAGAAAAUUGAUCUCAUGAAAUUGGACCAUGCACUGGAUUUUAUCUUCAAUCCAGCAUUUCAUCAGGUUUCCUCUGUUGGUACUAAAGAGAUGAGACUAGAGGAUGGCAGCAUUGUGUCCAUUCCAGAGGUGGUCAGAACAGUCUGGCACUCAACUCUGAUCAAACUCUAUCUGGCAUAUUGUGAGGAGACAGAGUUUAUUCCUCUGUCUAGGUCUACAUUGUUCCAUAUUCUUCAAGUUUGUCCCGCUUCAAGGCGCACAAAUCUGAAGGGUCUGGACAAUAUAACAGCAGAUGGAGAGAGCUCAUAUGAUGUGCUUCUAUCAGUAGUUGCAGAUGUGGAAAAGUACAUAACAGAUGGAUUAUUGCUAAUGGAACUGAAGGAAUGCAAAGAAUCCUUGGCAUCCAGUAGAAUUUAUAUGAAAACAGAUUUUAAAAUGCAUUUGAAACAGACUGACCACUGCAGUGAUCAUUGCAUUAACCAUGCUCUAAGUGAUCCGCUUGACAUUCAGUUCCAGCAAGCAUGUACUGACCACCAACAUGAUGUUGGUUGCGACCGCUGCCAAUUACUUCCAAAAGCAGUUUUAAAUUUGAAGGAAAUCCUGAGCAAUCUCGCAGAUCUUUCCCCCAACACCAGAGAAGAAUUGUUUAUGGAUAUUGAUGCAGCGGUAACAAAGAUUCUUCAAUGGAAAAGCCACAUAAUUAGAACUAUCAAUCAGGAUACUGCUAGGACACACACACUGAAAGAUCUCCAGCCUGGUGAUAUUCUUAUUAUUAUGGACUGGGCCAUGAAAUUCUUACCAAUUACAUUUAGAGAAAAACAGAGCGACUGGUAUGGCCAGAAGGGCAUAAAUUGGCACGUGUCUGUGUGCAUUUACAAGGAUGAAAACUCAAAUUUAAAGCAUAGAACAUUCGCUCACAUGUUGGAUGGAGUGCGUCAAGACUGGUUAGCGGUUGCCUGUCUUUUGGAAGACACACUUCAUCAUGUGAAACUGCAACUUCCCAGUACAACAAGAGCAUUUAUUCGGAGUGAUAAUGCCGGGUGCUACCAUUGCGGCAAUCUAUGGCUUGCCAUACCAGGCAUCAGUAGGCGCACUGGAGUGUUCAUAGACCGCUACGAUUACAGUGAGGCCCAAAGUGGGAAGUCCUAUUGUGAUGCUAAAAUAGCCCACAUGAGAGGGAAGUUUAGCAAAGUUGUCGCAUCAGGAUAUAACAUCCUUACAGCAGCCAACAUGAAGUCUGCCAUAGACCUGUAUGAAGGAACAACUGGAUGUCAAGCAGCACAUGUUAAGCUCCAGGGAUUUCCUCCUUUUACAGCUAAGUGCCCAAUAAAGGGCAUAACCAAGAUUUCAAAUGUCAAGUUUGAACCAAAGCAUCUAACAACUUGGAGGGCCUUCAAUAUUGGCAUAGGCAAGCAGUUGCCUAUUGAACAUGAAAACAAUGACCUGGCAGAAUUAGAAAUUAUAUCUGAUUUUGUUUUGAAAUCUGGAUCAGUUGGGCACAUUCAAAACCCCAAAGAGAGCAAUGAUGUUGUUGAUUCUUCAGAUGAUCAUGCUUUUAAUUGUCCUGAAGCAGGAUGUACCCAGAUCUUCACAAUAUACAGCGACAUGCAAAACCAUUGCUUAAUUGGCAAUCACACUUACCAGCUCCAAGCAAGGUCAUCUUAUGAUGAUAUAAAAAUGAGAUGGAUGGAUGCAUGUUGUACACUAUCAGAAGAUACUCUGAAAUACUCUAAAACCGGAGAAGGGGUCACUGAGCAAGUGUGUGUGCAGUCUGAUAUGGGUUGGGCUUUGAAAAAAGAGAGAAAAAGUGCUAGAUUCUCAGAUGACUUGAAAUCAUAUCUUAGUGAUAUAUUCUUGCAAGGAGAAAGUAGUGGAGCAAAGGUACAUCCAUCAGUUGUCGCUAAAAACAUGAGAGUUGCUAAAAAUGAAAAUGGAGAAAAAAGAUUCAGUGCAAACCAAUAUCUGGCUGUUGGUCAAAUCUCAUCUUUUUUUUCAAGACUUUCUGCAUUGAAAAAAAACAUCCUCCACAGAUAUCAGUGAUGAUGAUUUGGAUGCAGUUCUUUUGAACAUUGCUAAGGCCGAAACAGCUGCAGAAUUUCAGUAGGAUGGACAUAAUUGACUGAGAUAGAAACAUUACUCAUUUUGUGACAAGGACUGAAAUUGUUUGAUACAUACAUGUAUAUAACUUAUGCAAAGUGUUUUUAUUGUGACAAUAUCUGUAGAUUUUAAAAGAAAGCUGGGUGGUUAACACAUUACUCAUCAGCUCUUAGUAACCUUUAAUUUUUAGAUAUGACGUGCUAAGCUAAAGAAAAUCAUUAAAUUUCAGCUGGUGAACGUCAGUAUUUUUUUUAUAUCUUUAUAAAGAGCUCUGCCCUUUAAGAAUACCAGUGAAUACUAUCUUACAAUGACCUCAACCGUCCAGCCCUGUUAAUUCAUUCUUGUUUUAUGAUAACAUGGUAUCAUUUCAAUUGAAUUGAUGUACAAGAUUGUGUGUAAUGGGAUGAGGGGUGAGCAAAACUCCAUUUUUAACGAAUAAUCUACAUGAACAGUCUCUUCAGAUAUUAUGUACGAUAAUAAGUACAAUUAUUGUCUGAUAAUGAUUGCAUCGGUUGAGCAAUACACCACUGGGUAGUAAUUUAAAUACAAUGUACAUGUAAAAUUAAUACAUAAUUGAUACUUUGACCAAAAACCAUGCUGAUAUGUUGAACCCCAUGUAUUUUCAUAUGAAUAUCAUCCUCAUAGUUCCUACUUGCUGAAAUUCUCCUGAAGAACAAUUAAAUAUGGAAGCUCAAUUUAA